AUGCGCUGCCGCCUUUAUCUGGUCACGCCGCCGGACUUCGAGUCCGGCGGCGUUUCCGUUGACGAUUUCCGCCGCAAGCUGGAGGCCGCGCUGUCCGGCGGCGACGUCGCCAGCCUGCUGAUCCGCGGCGACGUGAGCGACGAGACGCUCAACGCCCUGGCCGCGGCCCUGACGCCGGUGGCCCAGGCCGCCGACGUGGCGGUGCUGGUCGAGGGGCGCUGCGACGUCGCCGACGCCCACCACUGCGACGGCGUGCACCUGGAGGCGCGCCCGGCCAGCCUGCGGGCGGUGCGCCGGGCGCUCGGCCGCGACGCCAUCCUGGGCGCCGACUGCGGCGACUCGCGCCACCUGGCGAUGGUGGCCGGCGAGCUGGACUGCGACUACGUCAGCUUCGACGCCCAGGCGCGCGAGACCAUCGCCUGGUGGGCCGAGAUGAUGGAGGUCCCCUGCGUCGCCUGGGGCGAGGUCGACCUGGAAGGCGCCCCCGCGCUGAUCGACGCCGGGGCCGACUUCCUGGCCGUGGGCCGGGCGGUCUGGGACCAUGCGGAGGGGCCGGCCGAAGCGGUGCGGGCCUUCAACGCGCUGUUCGACGCCAAGGCGGGCGAAAGCGGGACCUGA